AUGGCCUACAAUAGCUACCAUCCCAACACCCAGCCAGACAGACGGUCCAGUCAUGGCCUCAACCACAAGAUAUCCGGCCUUUCCGACGCAGAUAGCAGCUCGGGACUGCGGGGCCGCGAAUCCCUCGUGUCGCUGCAGUCGUACCACGAGUCACCGCCGCUAGGCAACGUAUCGGAGGAGAAUGACUACAGUCGAGCGUCAUGGUCGGUACCACUGCCAUCUUUGGGCGGCGCAGGAGGACGAUUCCAGCCCGUGUCCCCAUCCACGUCUGCGUCCGGCCUCGGCGGGCGCUUCAAGAGCUUCCGCGCACGGGUUGCGCAGCCGGAGACCACCAUCCACGAGGACGAGAGCAUCGACAUGUCGCUCCUGCGCUCGGCAGCACCGCCGGGCCAGUCGCCUUCAUCUUACGCUCCAGUGUCAGCGACCGAGCCGGCAUUUGACCUGACGUCGUUCGCGGGGCCGAUGGGCACGCACGACGAUGAGUUUCUCAAGACGUUACAGGUGCAGGAGGCCAGUGGCCAGCUGACGGGCGGGCUGGGCCAGGGCGAGCAGAGCCCGAAUACCGUCAUCAAGGGCGACCAGCUGCUGUCGCCUAUGCCGUCUCUGCGGCGAACCCUGACGCAGUCAUUGUCGAUGCGGCGGACGCGGACGCCGAGCGCGGGCUCGCGCUCGGGGGGAUGGGAGGAUCUCGGGCAGGAAGAGGCGAAUAAAAGGGGAGAGGUCAUCGAGGUCAUUAUAGAAGAGGAGUCCGCCGAUGUGGAUUUGAGUUCUAUGGUGGGCCCGAGUCCGAUGGGCAUGGAUCCGGAUCGCGCACGGCAUUCGAUAACGUUGCCGGCACAGACGUCGCAGAAGCGCGUCUUCUACCCACAGCCCAACUGGAAGCCGUUCUGGCUGCGGUGGCCUUAUCUCCUCUUCAUGAUCGUGCUGUCCAUCGCGCUCGCUAUCUGCCAAGAGGUUUUGUACCAGCAGGCAACGCGAAAACCACUGAUCAGUUUCACCAAGGCUGAGGACAUCGACCCGGGAUUUUACUUCGUGUUCAAGUACGUGCCGACCAUUAUCACGGUUACAUAUGGCGUGCUAUGGCAGUGUACCGACUUCGAGGUCAGUCGAUUGGAGGCGUACUACCAGAUGUCCAAGGAGGGAGGGGCGCUGGCGGCCGAGUCGAUCAAUGUCGAUUAUAUUACCAUGUUCAACUUCGCCCGACCGCUCUUCGCAUUGCAACGGAAGCAUUAUGCGGUGGCUGUAUCGUCUGUGGCUACGCUACUUGCCGUCUCCCUGGUUCCGACCCUGGGCUCCGCCGCUCUGGUUCUGAACCCAAGCCGGGCCAUGCGGCUAUCCGACCCGAGUCUGGAGAAGACUAUUACAGUCAGCUCCACGCUAUCUCGGCUCCUGACCAUCACAUUCUUCGUCAUCGCUAUGCUGGGAUGCGUGCUCUACUACCAGCUCAACACCCGACGGUCGGGUCUGCUGUCUGACGUCAAGGGGAUCGCCGGGCUGGCGUCGAUGGCCGUCGUCUCCCACAUCAUGAUGGACUUCAAGGACAUGGACACAGUGAAGCCCAAGGACAUCCAUCGCAGGCUUAAGAACCACCGGUAUGUGCUGCGUAAUUCGUCGCUGGCGCCCGAGGACGACUCGAAGACACCGGUCAGCCGGCGCGAGAUCGACAGCUACAACGAAACGCACCUCUCGGAGAACCCACACCCGCUGAUGCUGCGGGCAAGAGGCUGUAUUCCGUUCAUUGCGGGGAUCCUACUGUUCCUGGGCUUCAUACCGGUGUUCCUCUUCACCCCGGCGAGCGCGCUGACAGAGCACGCACCGUGGGUGGUGACGGCGCUCGCCGUGUGCAUCAAGCUGGGCUGGGGAUCCCUAGAGACGGCGAUCCGCAUGAUGGAGCCGUACUACAUCCUGUCGAAGCGGCACGCGCCGGCCAAGACGCUGACGCUCGACUACACGGCCAUGCCGUUCGCGGCGGUGGCCCUGCGCGCGCUCUACAACCGGCACUGGGUCGUGGUCCUGGUCGGCUGGGGCACCGUCAUGGUGGAGGGCCUGACCAUCUUCGCGACGAGCCUGGCGGCGAUCGAGGGCAGGGACUUCCUGUCGCGCGUCUCGGAGGGCGAGCACUCCCUCGACAAGGGGCUGGGCUCGGGCUCGGAGACGGUGCGCUCGUUCGUCGUGACGCUCGCGCUGACCGUCUUCAUCCUCAUCUACCUCGCCGUCGUGGCGGGCGUGGUGUUUGUGCGCCGCCGCCACCCCUUCCUGCCGCGGCAGCCCAACACCAUCGCCAGCGUGCUGGCCUUCAUGCACCAGAGCAAGAUGCUGUACGACUUUGUCGGCACGGCCAAGUUCACCAACGCGCAGAUGAUGCGGCGCCUCGACGACAUCGGCAAGACGUACGGGCUGGGCUGGUUCGACGGCCGCGACGGCCAGACGCACUGCGGCGUCGACGAGGAGGAGCUGUCGGGGAACUACAAGCACGGCAUCGAUGCGGCGCAGGGGAACAAGCCGUGGCUUACGGAGUGGCAGCUCUUUUGA